AUGACGUUUUUCUUUGCAUUUCUUUCGCGUUCACUUGAUAUCAAUGCUUCAACUUAUGCUCAAAUCUUCAAUAACUCCAAGAAUUUGCCCGUUUUUGUUGAAGUUUGGGAUCCUUGGUGUCCGCAUUGCAUGAAAUUCAAAGAUGAGUGGAAAACAAUAAAGGAAGAUCCACAAUUUGCUGACAAAGUAAUCAUUUCCGAUAUCAAUUGUAAUUCAAAUAAGAAUAUUUGUAAACAAUUUCCAGGAAGCGAAACUCCACGCUUUUUCUGGGUAGAAAAUCAACAAACAUCUCCUGUAAGAUACGCUUCUCAAGUUAAAAAAUCAGAAAUCAUUAAUUUUAUCAAUAAAAAUUUAUACGAGCAGAUUAUCAUAUUAAAUCCUGAAGAAUACACUGACAUUAAGGAUAAAAUUAACAAAACUACACAUGAAGAUCGCUCAAAGCAAUAUUUCGUUUUCAAUAUUACAAAUAAAGAUACUGCUUCAUUUAAUAUGGCUAGGAGCAUUGUUUCAUCAUGUAAACAUCUCCCUGUUCAUUUUAUCCUUAUUAAUGAUACAUAUCAUCAUUAUCCAAUUUUAUACGCCGAUAUAUUUGGUAACCCGCUUAAAUAUGAAGGUAAAUUUGAUCACAGUAGUAUUUCUCAGUUUGUCAAACAAAGAUCUUUACAAUAUCUUUCAUUCUUUUCAGAAACAACAAAUUAUUACACACAGAUCAAUAAGAUUGAUUUUGCAGCAUUCAUAUUCCCCAAUGAUACGUUCUACAACAUUUCUGAAUUCGCUUCUUUGACUUUAAUUGAUUAUUCAACUGUUCAAACAAAUUGUGAGUUUUCUCCACGAUUCUGCCGAUAUAUCUAUCAAUUCCCUGAUAAACAACCAAUACUUGCUAUCGUCCAUCGUCACUCAAACUUAUUCUAUCUUUACAAAUCAACUUUUUCUAAAAAAGGAAUUGAAGAAUUUCUGAAAUUAGUGAAAGAAGGAAAAGCAAAAGCAUAUGGACCAGGAAAUGGAUUGAUUGGGAAGGUCCUUGACUUCUAUGUUUCAAUGAGAGUCCAAGGCGGAGUUGUUUUUUAUAUUAUCCAUAUCCCGAUAUUUUCUUUUGUUUUAUUCUUCUUAGUUAUCAUUUAUGCUAUAGUAGAUACUAUUAAAGAAAGUAUGAAAUCAAGAUCAAAUGAUAAAGAUAAUAAAAUUGAUUAA